GGGGCCUCGCUCCAGCUCAGCAGAGCGCGCCAAGGCACAGCCACUGAGCUGGGUCUUGCACCUGCACCAGACACCUUCCCAUUUGAUUCCUUCCAACGUAAACCUCCUUGUCACCCCGAGCUCUUCCUUUCUGAAGCAGUCAUGGCUGUGGCAAAGAAUGUCAGGGACCUCCAGGGAACUGUUUCCCUCAAUUUGGACCUUAGGUCAUCUCCCCAAAGUACCAAGAACCUGCAGAACAAGGACUCCGGUUUCUUGGAUGUAAACUCUUCAGAAUCCACGGAUUUGGACAAGACCAAGGGCAUAACAGGGUUCCAGACCUUGGUUCAUGUGUUGAAAGGCAACAUGGGCACAGGGAUCCUGGGACUACCCCUGGCUGUGAAGAAUGCUGGCAUCCUGAUGGGUCCGCUCAGUUUACUGGUGAUGGGCUUCAUUGCCUGCCACUGUAUGCACAUCUUGGUCAGGUGUGCCCGGCGCUUCUGUCACAGGUUCAACAAGCCCUUUAUGGACUAUGGGGAUACUGUGAUGCAUGGACUAGAAGCCAGCCCCAGCACCUGGCUCCAAACUCAUGCCCACUGGGGAAGGCAUAUAGUGAGCUUCUUCCUUAUUAUCACCCAGCUGGGCUUCUGCUGCGUGUACAUCGUGUUUUUGGCUGAGAAUUUAAAACAGGUAGUGGAAGCUGUUAACAGCACAACCAACAACUGCUAUAACAACGAGACAGUGAUCCCGAUGCCCACCAUGGAUUCGCGACUCUACAUGCUUUCCUUCCUGCCUGUCCUGGUGCUGCUGGUCUUCAUCAGGAACCUCCAGAUCCUGACCAUCUUCUCCAUGUUGGCCAACAUUAGCAUGCUGGCCAGCUUGAUUAUCAUUGCCCAGUACAUUGCCCAGGGAAUUCCAGACCCCAGCCGGCUGCCACUGGUGGCAAGUUGGAAGACCUACCCUCUCUUCUUUGGAACAGCCAUUUUUUCGUUUGAAAGCAUCGGUGUGGUCCUGCCUCUGGAAAACAAGAUGAAGGAUGCCAGCCGCUUCCCAGCCAUCCUGUCUUUGGGAUUGUCCAUCGUCACCGCCCUGUACACCAGCAUUGGAACUCUGGGAUACCUGCGUUUUGGGGAUGACAUCAAGGCCAGCAUAACCCUUAACCUGCCCAAUUGCUGGCUAUACCAGUCGGUCAAGCUCCUCUACAUCAUUGGAAUCCUGUGCACCUACGCCUUGCAGUUCUAUGUCCCUGCAGAAAUCAUCAUCCCCUUUACUGUCUCCCGGGUGUCAAAGCGUUGGUCACUGCUUGUGGACCUGUCCAUGCGCUUUGCCCUGGUCUGCCUGACAUGCAUCUUGGCCGUCCUCGUCCCCCGUCUGGACCUGGUCCUCUCCCUGGUGGGCUCCGUGAGCAGCAGCGCCCUGGCCCUCAUCAUCCCCCCGUUGCUGGAGAUCACCACCUACUACUCAGAGGGCAUGAACCCUCUCACCAUCGCCAAGGACGCCCUCAUCAGCAUCCUGGGCUUUGUGGGCUUUGUGGUGGGGACUUACCAGGCCCUUGAUGAACUGAUCAAGCCUGAAGACUCUCUCCCCUUUUCCAACUCCACCAUUUUUAUGCUGUGAGAUUGUUGCUGCUCCUCACUCACCAGCAUGUGCCUCAUAAUGAUAUGGUUCUUUUUUAUAUGGACAAUCUUUGUGUUGCUGUUUUGCCUUUUCUCUGGGCAAAGUCACAGUAAAGCAACCAAGAACUCAGCAGCUAUGAGAUCUAAACGGUAAUUUAAAAAAAUUAUUGUUUUUGUUGUUUAUUCCUCCACCUUCCUCCUCUAGCUUUCCACUAUGUUUAGAACUCUCCCAUGGAAGGUUCUGGAUUCUACCAGAAUUUUUUGAUGAGGUUCCCACCUUGAGUGGAGCUAGGCAGGAAGAAGCUAUGAGGGGGCUCCAGAUGGCAGCAACUUGCAGAAGGAGGUGCCACUAGCUAAGGCUGACCAUACUGUUGUAGACAAAAGGUUUUCCCUUUUCCUGAUCAGUUCAAACAGUAGACUGAGUGGGGACAUAACGCACAAUUCAGCAAGAUAUGAAGAACUCCAGCAUCAGAAAUGGUUAGGUCCAAGAUAACCAAUAUCUCUCAGAAAAGCACCAUCCAUAUUAAUUUCCAAACCACUAGAUUCAGUUUUAGCCUAGUUCAAAGAUCCCAACAGUGAAAAGAAUGCACAGGUCUAGAUGUGCUGAGAGAAGGAGUGGUAGACCUGAGAAGUAUUUGAAUAGACUUUACCUCUUAAUUCUUGCAAUUAACAUUCUUGAUGAUCUUCUGUGUGCCAAGCAUAAUGCAAGAUUCUCAUAGUGAUUUGGAAAAGGGCCAUAAGUUUCUCUUGACCAAAUGGACUUGCAGCUCCCUAUCAAGAGGUGAGUCUAUACCUCCAUGCCUUGUAUAUGAUCUUGACCUUUUAACUUGCUUUGGCAAGUGGGACAUCAGUAAAUGUGAUGCAAGCAGAGAUUUGGUGAUAACUUAUGCACGGAGACUUGCAUUCUUAUUGCUGUAUUGAGCUGAGACCAUCAAGUGAAAACACCUGGGGCAGCUGACUGGCGGAGAAGAGAUGCUGUGGAAGAGAAAACAAUCACGCCAGCUGAGCUCUUUCCCCCAGAUCAACCAGCCUGUCAAAAUGAGAGAGGCCAACCUGGACCACAUCCAGCUCCAGUCAUAAGACAAUAGGAAUUGUGUAGAAAGGGGCUAGAGGUGUAGCUCAGUGGUAUAGCACAGGUUUAAGCAUGAACAAGGUUCUGGGUUCCAUCCCAGCACAAAACAAAACAAAACAAAAACAGAAAAUAAAUUAUACAGAUCAUCAAUGGCAUUGUAAGAAAUAAUAAAUGUUUGUGGUUUGAAUUCAUAAGGUGUGGGAGUUUUAUGCAGCAAAAGUUGACUGGUAAGUGAUGUUUACUAAAGGGGACACACUGAUGAAUCCAAAAAGAAUCCCUCCUCUCAUGGAACCAGUCUACUAUCUACUGGGAAAGAGUAGCACCAUCAUAGGUCCUUAAAGGACACUCAUUGCUCUGGGGAACCAGGAAGGACUUUGCCCAGGUUAUUACCAUUGGAAGUUGGGUUUGGAGUAGAACAUGGGUCUGAUACCCUUGUCACUUGUCACUUGCCAUAACAGAGUCUGUUCUCCAGUCUGUCCUUGGCUGGCAGAGACUAGUCAACCUGAGACACCACUCAACUUUCCUGGUGGUGACUGCUCCCCACUCUCAUUACUGAACUUGGGGAAAUGCUCUUAGGUAGCUGAGCAGAUGUGGAAGGCAGUCCUGGGGAUUCUCAGCAUACGCGUUGGUUCGUGGGGUGAUCCAUGCUUUUUUCAGCCUUGGUAUUAAAAGAACAUUUGAAGAGCCCUUCCCCCUUAUUUCCAUCCAUCAUCUCUAUGCAGCCCAGGGAAGGUGUGAAGGGGAGGAGAAGAGGGGUGACCCCAAUUCCCAAGACCUGGUCUGCUGUUUUUGUGUGUUACUUUCUACCUGCUGGACUUCUAGAAGGUACUUCAGAAACACAAGUCCCACUCAGAAGAAGGAAAGGCUGGCCAUCCACACCCAGAGUCUGCAGGGUCCUUGCUGGGAGAUGGGAGACUCAUAGGCUGCACAGUGGGUCCACACUCUACCUUUUCAGUCUGGGGUCAUCAUUUCCACCCUGGGCUCUCAAUCUCAUUAGCAAACCCAAAGGACUUCCACAACUUAGUUCAGAGUCUCAGCAACAUGGUUUUCCUCUCCUUAAACAUUUUUCUCCCACCCUGCUUCACUAUUACCCCACCUCUCAAGUUCACCUUUGUUCUGCCCAGGACAAGCCCCUAUUUAGUAAGAAGAUCAGGUCAGUGUUGGUAUUUAGACCAAACUGACUACAGUUAAACCUUGAAAACCAAAAAUGAAUUGAGCAACAUUAAUAUAACUUAUAAAAGCAAGCUAGGGAAACUCCUUAGUAAUUGUCAGUAACACCAAACAAUGUGGGCAUUGUAUUUUAAGUGGGAGCAUUGUAUUAAAGAUUUUUGGCAAUGUUUGUGUGACUUCCUGCAUGACUUUCCCCUCACCUCAUUUUACCUCAGAUUAUUUAACUUUUGAAGCAUGCUGUUGGGACAAGGGUCACAGAGAUUUUUUUCUCCCUGCAAGGUAUUAGAUAUAAAAGGAAUCCGUGAAAAGGGCGAAAACAAAGCAAAUCAUUCUCUUUUCCACAUACUAACCAUCAUCCUAGAGCUCCUGUCUGCUUGCUUUAAACCCACCAAUUAGAACUUCCCAGCCCUCUAUUUCUCUCUCAUUCCUGCUCUCCACUCACAGGU